AUGUCGUCGUCAUCCGUGCUCCAUUUGUACCGUCAGAUGCUGCGUAAUGCCGCUAAUUUUGAGAACUAUAAUUUUCGCAGCUACGCUCUACGUCGCAUCAAGGAAGAUUUUCGCAAGAAUAAGACACUUGAGACUGCUAUAUCCACCGCAUAUGAAGAGUGUGAUGGAGACGAUCGGUUAUUAGAGGGACACUGUAAUAUUGUUUAUAAGGUGCUAUUCCAAGAUCUGAGGCAUUGUAUGACUUAG